CCGGCAAUAAAUAUGUCGGCGCAAACAGAAUACCCGAGCAAAAAAAUCAUUAACAAUCCAUCAGCUGUAGUUGACGAGGCUUUAGAUGGUGUAGUUCUAUCGAACAAGAAUGUGCAGUUACUGAAAGGACAUCGCGUUCUAAUACGAAGAGGUAUUCAAUGUGUACGCGAGCGAGGUUUGGUUGCGUUGAUAUCUGGUGGUGGUAGUGGACAUGAACCAGCGCAUGGUGGCUUUGUAGGUAUAUAGUAUUUACCGUGCAUGUUUGUUGCACGAUGCUUAGGGACAUCCAUUUUUAUUUUAGAAACAGUAUUGAUAAAAGCGAGGGAUUAUAGGUUUAAAAACUUGUAACCUGAAUCUUAAUUAUAGGGGGUGUUCAGUAGUCAGUGCCCAGUGGACCAUUCCAUUUAAUGAGGGGUCUGGAUAUCCUAUAGGGUGGUUUACUUUAAAUUUUCCUAGAGGGUAGCAUAAGAAAUUUUCCCCAAAAUAGCAAAAAUUAUGUGUUUUAGUGAUAUCCAAGGGGGUAAAAACGAUAUCCUAAAGGGGGUAUAAAGAAAUCCAUGGGGUAACAUCCAAAAAUUGCAUCCAAGGGGGUUCCAAAGUUUUUAUAUCCUAAGGGGAUUAUGAAGGGACCCCUCAAUGGGGGGGGGGGUGCUUAUAUUAAAUGGAAUGGCCCAGUAUAUGGAACCGGGUACCUGAGCUAGUUUGUUUAUCCGAGCUGAUUUUAUCCUGUGAUCUUAAGGCGGGCUGGCUCGCCAAAACAAACCACUGGUCUCACCGCUAUAAAUAGUAUAAUAUAAGUAUAUUUGCUCACAAACAUGAAAUUUGUACUUGUGGGCAAACUUCACAGAAUGAGAAUCAUUCAGAGACCUUUCAUUGUUGAAAUCUGUUGAGAAAAUCUUAUUUACAACAAUAUGUGUGUGAAUAGAGAAAUAACACCCAGCCUGCUUAGGCGAGCUAGCCAGCCUCAAGCCCCUUGUCAUAAGGGGGGAGGGGGGAGGGGGGUGGCCACCCCCCACCAAGAUUUCUGCCAAUGGCCAGCCUAGGUAAUUGCAUUAUUUGCCAGCCAGAGGUCACCGUAGAUCUUGGGUCAUUUGAGGCAGAAUCUCGCUUAAGAAAGCCAGCCUUGUUCCUAUAUAAACAUAAAAUUAAAUUUAGUAGGAAAUAUUGAAAAAGCUAGGCUGGCUCUCGAUUCCCUGAACUGGGCCAGCUUGGGUACCAUGUGAACCAAUUUCAAAGAUUUUAAUUUGUUUUGCACUUUAUACCAGCAUAAAAAUUCAUAAGAAUUUAUUUGUCUGCAAGUAUCAGCUAUGCAGCAGAUAUUCAUGAUUGGCGACUUCGGGUUCUAGAAUUAGGCUAAAUUAGUGCUGCACCGGAAUGGCUGUAAUGCUGUGCAAACUCCGGUUUUUCAUCUCCGGCUCCGGCCGAAUUACAGCUCUGAGCUGCGGCUCCGGCUCCGGCCACAUCAUAAAAUAUUAAAUAAAUAUUUUACGAUCAGAGAACAUUUAUUAAUAUUAUUAUGAAUAACCCUUUUCGCGCUUCCUAAUUAUCAGAUAACAUAAUUCAGGAAACAAAACAGUUAAAACACUUAAGACUUAACCACGCAGAAAAUAUCUAUAUGGAAACCAGCCUCGAAAAAUCUUUGACACGAGGCAUGACGCGAGGCAUGACGCUAACACUCUCAGACUCCACAGCGCAAUUGUUCGCACGCAAACAAAAUACUCUGCCAUUUUCAAAAGGUAGAUAUUUAUUUGUUUUGUACUUUUUCGUUACCUACAAGGCAUGAAUACACAGACUACAGUAUGUAAUGCUAAGUCAGAUGGCUUCAUGAAAGCAUGACGUUUGUAAGUUGCGAUCGUAUUACAGCUUUUCGACGCUGUUCCCGUGGGCUGUGGCAGUUUGAGUCUAUGAUGAAUUCAUUAACAGCAAUUGGCAGUUUGCAGUAACUAACAAUCGUUUGACAUUUGUCUCAUUUAUAUUGUUUUCUUGUCAUUUUGCCGGAGCUGGGAAUACGUAACUCCGGCUCCGGGCUCCGGCAUACAAAAUUCUGCUCCGGCUCCGGCGUCGGAAAAACCGCCGGAGCUCCGGCAGAACUCCGGCAACUCCGGCAACUCCGGCGCACAGCACUAAAUGGCAGGUUUGAUUCCUGCCUGGGACCUGUAGUAAGGUUGCAUUUUUCGCUUCUGUUCCUGGUUAGGUCUAAUAAAUGAAUAUAAAUUUCCACUCGAUAAUUUCCAUCUACAAGAUCCUUCAACUAUUGAAUUGAGUGAGAUGCAGUGACACAAUCUUGAUAAUAUAUGUUCCUUUAAUUAAUCCUGUUUCAUCAUUCUUAGGUCAUGGUGGGUUGAGUGCUGCCAUCGCAGGAGCUGUAUUCACAUCACCACCAACCAAAUCAAUUCUUGCUACCAUAUGUGCCGUUGGUGCUAGUAAUCGAGGUGGAGUGUUGCUCAUCGUUAAGAACUACACUGGUGACAGGUAUUAUUUAGUAGAAAUUAGCUGACAUAUCUGUUUUUUAUUGCUAGAAGCUCCUAUAAUUAUUUUAUUACCGGUACUUAUUUACUGAGACCGAGGGAAACAGUGUGUUUUGUGGACCGGAGACUGCUGUUGUUGCCCGAGGCGAAGCCAAGAGCAACAACAGCGGUCGAGGAGCCACAGAACACGUACACUGUGCUUGCCCGAGGUUUCUGUAAAUAAGUGUUUUGUUAUAUAGUAUAUACUUUAAGUGUCAAAGUAUGAAUAAUUCACUGGUUAUUGAAGUGAACUUAAUUUGAAACCAACACUGGAUAAUUAUGGAACGCCGUAAAUUAAUGCUUUAGUAAAAAGUUUAAAAAAUGAACUUUCAAUUGAAACUUCAUGGUUGACACGCAUGCAUAUUGCACCAAUUUUAUCAUUGACCGGUCAAUAAAUGUUUCAUUGUGGACCGGUUGCCGAACAUUAUUUUUUGUGGACCGGCACAUGACACAGUCAUACAGUUUUGACCAAUCGGCAAACAGAAAAAUUGAACUUUGAUACCAACUAGUCAGUAUAUAAGAAUUUUAAUUGUUAGAAGCUCUUGGGUUGUUGGUCAUAAGCCAAUAACCAGCCCUUAAAAUAUCUUUUCCAGGGUCGUCUGACAAGGGUUGACAUAUGUAUCAGUGUCGGAAAUUUGAUCUUUUAGUAAUUCCAACUGGGAUACCAUGAUUUAAAUUUUAGUAUAUCGACCCUGAGAAUCCAGUAUGAUGUUAUUUAUAAUCCCACUUGUUCUUAAUUGUUGACCAUGUUGUUAACCAAUACAUUCGCAACAGGUUGAAUUUUGGUAUGGCAGCUGAACGAGCGAAACAGGAAGGUAUAAAAGUUGAUAUGGUUAUUGUGAAUGAAGAUUGUGCUCUAUCGAGUGUUGAUAAGACGGCAGGCAGGAGAGGCCUGUGUGGCACAGUCAUUAUUCAUAAAGUAAGUCAAAUAUAAAUAUAAAUAGAGUAAUGUUACUUUGUACUCCGAGUACACAAUACCAUAUACAGUAUGAGGUUGGGGUAUACCCCAAUUUUUUAACAAGGGUGGAUUUACUGUGUGGGUACAGGGGGAUGCACACCCUUACUAGUGAUAUGUCUAGCAUUCCUCUAGAGAAGUCGCCUUAAACGCAUACAAUAUAAACUUUAUAAACAAAAGAAAAUGUAAAACGUAACAGAACAGUGAACAUGCAGAUUCAGCCAUCUCAAAUAAUGGUAAUGUUGAGGUAAUGGUAACACACAGAAAACCUGCACCCCUCCUUGCAGAUGAGGCUAGGUCCGCCCCUGUUUUUGAACCUCAGCAACAAUUGCAUGUACCCAAUGUAUGGUGUACAGCAGUUUAUAGUUUUAUCAUGGACAGAGCACAUGGUGAUGCUCACCCCUCUUAGUUUACACCCCCCCCCCCCCCCCAAAUUGUGCACCCCAGCAAAUUACUGUAUAUAAUUACCUUUGAAAGAUGUUAAUCCUAUGUUGUGCAUCCCUGCAAAUUACUGUAUAUUAUCUUUUAAAGAUGUUAAUCCCAUGUUGUGCAUCCCAGCAAAUUACUGUAUAUAUUUACCUUUUAAAGAUGUUAAUCCCAUGUUGUGCAUCCCAGCAAAUUACUGUAUAUUACCUUUGAAAGAUGUUAAUCCCAUGUUGUGCAUCCCUGCAAAUUACUGUAUAUUACCUUUUAAAGAUGUUAAUCCCAUGUUGUGCAUCCCAGCAAAUUACUGAGUGUAUUACCUUUUAAAGAUAUUAAUCCCAUGUUGUGCAUCCCAGCAAAUUGCUGUAUAUUACCUUUGAAAGAUGUUAAUCCCAUGUUGUGCAUCCCAGCGAAUUACCGUAUGUCUUUUAAAGUAUGUCUGUACCCAAAGAUAGACAGCUUCAUGACAUAUUGACAGAAAAAGAGGUGGAAUGCAUGUUGGAACCCCCUCAAUUUCCAUGUGCAACAGAAUGAUCAGACAAAUGACUUGAAUUAAUUUUCUGUAUAGCAUAUCUUACCAAUAUCCUUCCAUCGACCUGAAUUUAAGAACUGAAUAGUUCAGGUUACCCUUCUAUUAGGGUAAGGGUGGGCAUGAUCUUCUACCUACAGUAACCUGGCAGGCAAUAAAACUCAGAUUUGUUCUUUCCCCUUGGUUGGUUUGUCACAUACCUAAGACGGUUUCUUGCUGGUUUGUUUUCUACAGAUAGCAGGUGCCAUGGCUGAGGCAGGAAAAUCAUUGGAUGAGAUAGCUCCAUUUUUGCGAGAAACUAUCAAGAACAUGGG